UGUGUCCCACAGCUGAAGCUCGGAGCAGUCAGCAGGACGAAGGUCCGAGCGCAGCAGCACGAACGCUGCAAACCUCCACGAGGUGAAGCAACGCCGCGAAGAGUCGACCAGAAAACAAAGAAAAAAUUGAACUAGAAUCGACUUUAUCGAUUUCAUAUUUAACCACAGGAUUCAAUCACGUUAGUUUUGUUUCUGUUGGGUUAAGAUGGUUAAUUCAGUUUGUGCUGCAACUAAAAUCUGAGAAUUUCUAAUGGAAGUUUUGAAUGGAGCCAGAGGUCAGCGUGACCUCCGCCCACUGUGGGUGCUACCACAUGAUCGGGUGGGUCAAGGUCACCUGCUGGGUCAUGAGCUGUUCAGUGCGAGUCCUCAGAAGUGACGGGAAACACAGUGUGAGUGAAAAGAGGAAGUGUGUGUGGAUAUAAAGUGAUGCUGAAGUCGACUCGAUCGCCAUCUGAUCAGAGACGCAGCAGGACGAGCUCCUCUUCAUCAGACCUCCUCUUCAUCAGACCUCCUCUUUAUCAGACCUCCUCUUCAUCAGAGCGGUGAGUGUCUGAAGCUCGAGCAGAGCUUGUACCUGCUCCUGCUGCUCUUUAUUUAUUUACAGUGUAAAUAAUAAUUAUUCAUAUUUUACAUUAGAAAUCAUUCUUAUAUUGUUAUUAUUAGUUUUUCUAUUUACAUUGUAAAUAAUUGUCAUCUUUCUUUUUAAAUAACAGAAAGCUACAUAAGAAUAUAUUAAACAAUACGAUGCUUUAAACUUUUUCUUAAGACUUUUUCUUUUUCUUUGACCAAUCAUCCCAGUGUAACCUUUGACCUUUGACAACCAUGACUGGUCCAACCGCUGAAUCCCAGAAGGGGCGCUACGCCAAGCCGCUGCCGACCUCCAACCUGUCAUAUUCAGAUGGCGUUCCAGAAUUUGAACCUUUUGAAGGCGUUGCUGAAUCUGAGGUCACGCCCAGAGCGUUUGCACCUGGUGGAGUGUUGCUGGAGGCGCUGAAAAUCAACAUGUGUCAGGACGCCAACAAGCCGAAGCACUACACCACCGACUACUACAUGCAGAACCUGGUGGUGCGCCGUGGUCAGGAGUUCGUCAUGCAGGUGACCUUCAACCGCCCGCUGGCUCCGGAGGACGACUUCCACAUCGAGUUUACGAUUGGCUCCGAUCCUUCGCCCAAUAAGGGCUCCCUGGUGAUGGUGACCUUCGGUAACCGUGGCAGCAGUUCGUGGUCAGGCCGGAUUCUGCAAUCUCAGGGUGCAUCUGUGAUGUUCGGCAUCACACCAGAUGCCGCCGCCAUUGUGGGGAAGUUUCAAGUGUACGUGGCCAUCUCCACUGGCAGGGGCAUGCAGCGCACCAAGAGGGACCCCACCACUGACAUGUACCUGCUCUUCAACGCCUGGUGUCCAGACGAUCACGUGUUUCUUCCUAAUGAAGUAGAAAGACAGGAGUACGUCCUUAAUGAUGAAGGGAUGCUCUACCUGGGUUCAUCUAGCGCUGUGGUAGAGCGUCCAUGGACAUUUGGGCAGUUUGAGCGCGGCAUUUUGGACGCCUGUAUCUUCGUUCUGGAUGCGUCUCAGAUGCCAAUCUACGACCGGGGCAACGUGGUCAAGCUGGUCAGGGUGGGAUCUGCCAUGAUGAACUCUCAGGAUGACAACGGUGUGAUGGUUGGGAACUGGAGCAAUGACUAUUCCAUGGGCAAACCCCCGACGUCUUGGACUGGCAGCACCAAAAUCCUGCUGCAGUACGCCAACACCGGAGUCCCGGUCUGUUUCGCUCAGUGCUGGGUGUACGCUGGAGUCUUCAACACCUUCCUCAGAUGCCUUGGCAUCCCAGCAAGGGUCAUCACCAACUACAAUUCAGCUCAUGACAACACGGGCAACCUGAAGACUGACAUCCUCUUCAAUGCUGAUGGCACCCCAGACAGACGCAACACCAGGGACUCCAUCUGGAACUACCACUGCUGGAACGAGGUGAUGAUUAAGCGUCCUGAUUUGCCACCCGGGCUGGAAGGAUGGCAGGUGGUUGACUCCACGCCUCAGGAGACCAGUGACGGCUUUUUCCGCUGUGGUCCAGCACCGGUCAUUGCCAUUAAGGAGGGUCGCGUGUGUUACCCGUUUGACUGCGGCUUUGUGUUCGCUGAGGUGAACAGUGACGUGGUCUUCCUGAAGAGAGAUAAGUACGGGAAUCUGUCUCCCUUCAGAGUGGACAAGACGUACAUUGGAGAGAAGAUUUUAACCAAAGCUGUGGGCUCACAACAACAGACCAACAUCACAAACACCUACAAGUUCCCUGAAGGAAGUGCAGAAGAUGAGGCGACCAUGACCCGGGCGGAGGGGUUCGGCUGUGAGAGGGAUCACAGUGAUGUGCCUGAGGAUGACCUGUCCGUCACCAUCGUCGUGGAGCCGGCGACCUUCAAGAACAAGGGUAAAGUCCUCAGAAACGUGACGGCUCUCCUGGACUGUGACAUCACCUUCUACACUGGAGUUGUGGUCAGUCACUUCAAAGACAUCACCUUCGAUGUGACUGUGCUGCCCUACCAGAGUUAUAGUGUGCCGUUUAGAAUCCCAGCUUAUGAGUACCAGGCCCAGCUGAGCUCUCAGACCUGCCUGCGCUUCAUUGUGAGCGGACAGUCUGAUAACCUGCAUGUGCUUGACUUAAAGGUGCUGGAGCUGCAGACCCCGGACCUCAAAGUGACGUUGAACGGGGAGCCUCUGCUGAACCAGGAGAUGGGUGUCAAAGUGGAGUUCACCAACAAUUUCGGCUUUCCUCUGCGUGGCGUCAAUCUAUCCCUCGAGGGAGCGGGGCUCAUAAGUCCAAAGUCUAAAUACUACAGAGAGAUUCCUCCUCAGGCUACCAUCACCUGGCAGGAGACAUUCAUCCCUUGGCUGCCUGGACUGCGUCGGAUCACGGCGUUGAUGGACUGCCAGGAAGUCCGUCAGGUGUCUGGAUUUGUUGAGGUCGACAUCCCUUACCCUGCAAAGUAAUCACCAUUUCCACCAAUCAGCACCACUUCUGGAUGAGUGGGCGGAGCCAAAAAAGAGCACAAGUUACCGCUUUAAUGAUCGCGUUUACAAAUCAGUUUUGAAGUACAAAUGUAACUUUUUUUAAUUCCACAGAUUUGGAGGUUUAUGCAAUUUUUUAAGAUCAGAGUUUUUUCACUUCUCUAAUAUUGAAGCAGCUUUAUUUCUUACCAUCUAUAACUCCGCCUCCUCUGGACGGCUAGAAUAAACCACACUUUAUGAAAAUAACAUAACAAAUAAGAAUCGUAGUUUUCAGUUUAUUUGGCAUAUUUGAGAACAGAUUUUACAAAUUAAUAAAAUGUAAAAGACAUAUUUUAGAUUCAGAAAAUAUCCAUUAAAAGAGAUUUAUUACAUAAAACCUACAAAAUGGAGUUCAAAAUGUUAAACGAGAUGUUUGGACCUCGUUU